AUGACUGCACUCAGCGAGAAAUACCCACAUGUGUUGAAGCUUAAAUUUCCAAUAGGAAAUGUUGUCAUUUUGAAUAGCCCAGAAGCAGCAGAAGAGGCACUGGUGACAAAAAAGAUUGACUUUGCUGGCAGACCGAUACAGGACUUCUAUCCUUCUGAUCUUGUUUUAGAAGGCAGAGAUAUUGUCAGUGCUGAUUACGGUCAACUUCUAAUGUUCCGUCUUAAAAUUUUCAAAUCGGCUUUGCACGCUUUCGGAGAAGGAGCAAGGGAGGUUGAAGACCGAUUGCAUGGAACAAUAAAAGUUCUCCUGAAACAAAUCGAGGAAAUGGAAGGACGUCCCUUUCGCUCUAGAACAUACAUAGCUGCUGCAAUAACGAUUCAGUUGUGGGAAUGGCUGUCCUCCACUAGGUUAUCUUAUUCCGAUCCAAAAUUGCACAAGAUAAUGGAUUACAACGAUACGUUCGUUAAUCUUGCCAGCCAAGGUAGUUUUAUUCAACUGUUUCCAUUGUUGAGGUACCUACCAACCGAGUUCUCUAGAAGGCUGAAGGAACUACUUAAAACAAGAGACGAGCUGUUCGGGGAGUUGUUGGAACACCACAAGAAAACCUUCCAAAAUGGCGUAGUUCGUGACAUUACUGAUGGCUUGUUGGAGGCAUAUGAGAAUGAAAAGGAAAAGCAUGCAAGCAAAGAUGUUGGAUGUAAUGAUGAUAUCAAGUAUAUGAUGAUGGACGUGAUUACUGCGGGCUCAGACACCAGUAUCUCACUCACCGACUGGUUCAUCCUUCAUAUGGCUUUAAAGGAAGAUAUCCAAGAGAAAGUACAGCAAGAACUGGAUAAAUGUAUAGACGGAAAUGGAUUACCACACUUCGACGAUGUUAAAAAUUUGUCCUAUUUACACGCCGUCGUAUGCGAGGUAAUGCGUACCACAGCGUUCGUUCCUUUUUUGCUUCCUCACCGCACAACUCGUGACACAAGUGUCAUGGGUUAUCCGGUACCAAAGAAAACUACAGUGUUUGUGAAUCAAUACCGCAUUCACUACGAUCCUAAGGCGUGGGAUGAACCACAAGUGUUCAAACCAGAACGAUUCCUGGACGGUGAUGGAAAUUUCGUGGGAUGGAAUAUGUUUACAGCCUUUAUGCCGUUCGGACUCGGUCGUAGAGCGUGCCCCGGCCAGAAUCUGGGAAAAUUGCAAGUGUUUAUUAUUUUAUCCAGUUUAUUUUACCAUUUCAAAUUUAAGUUAGCCGACGACCAGCCUAGGCCGAAUUUAGAUGAUGAUAUUCCCGGAGCAAUACGAAAUCCGUUAGAUUAUAAAGUUGUUGCCAUUAAACGACAUUGA